UAGCUCGAUUUAACCCAACCUUCUCUGUCAACGAUUCGUGACGUUCAAUGUGUCGAAUCUUGAGUUGAAUACAUGAGAAGAGACACGAGUGUUUAAAGUAUCCAUAAGAAGCUGAUACACCAGCAGGAUGUCCGGAUACACGGGCCAGGACAAUUACUGGGCGCAACCGCCGCAGGGUCAGCAGUCCCAGAGUCAGUAUUUCUUUGAAUCGCCUGGUUUUGAGCAACCUAACCAACAAUUCGACUUCCAACCGUACGGCGACCAGCCGUUUGGCGAUUAUCCGAACUCGCAAAAGAGCUUCCUGGACCCCACGCAAAGUCCAUAUAGCGGCGACAUGUUCACGCAGGAUGACUAUGGCAAAGGCACCACUGGCUUUGGUGACGAGGAAGAUGAACCUCCUCUCUUGGAAGAACUUGGUAUCGACCCCGACAGGAUAAUGCAAAAGACCCUGGCUGUAUUAAAUCCCUUCCAUAGGAGAGGGCAGACUGAUGAUGCGAAUUAUCUGCUGCAGGACUCAGAUCUCGCAGGACCAGUGACAUUCUGCCUGUUUCUCGCCGCAUUUCUCCUACUGGCAGGCUCGAAAGCGCACUUUGGCUAUGUAUAUGGCCUGGCUUUGACCUCCUGUAUACUUAUGUACAUUUUACAGUCAUUGAUGAGUACCAACAGUAACGUUACCUUGUCGUCUGUCGCGUCUGUGUUGGGUUAUUGCCUCUUGCCAGUCGUCGUGCUGGCCGGCUUCAGUGUUUUCGCCACGUUGCGUGGCCCGGUCGGUUUGGUCUUUGCGAUUUUGGCUGUCGCUUGGGCAGCUCUGUCCGCAUCCAGGCUCUUCUCCACAAUGUCUGGAGAGCAGGACCAGCAGCUGCUCAUAGCGUAUCCAUGUCUGCUCCUUUAUGGCGUAUUCACCUUGAUAAUUAUAUUUUAAGGGAGCAGAUACAAAGUUAAAGAAAUUUAUAAUUUAGAUAGGAUUUUGUUUUAAUUAACUUCUCAAAUCUUUUCAUAGGAGACACGUUUUUUUUUUUUAGAUAGACGAGUUGGUACUAAUUCAAUAUAAUAGUUUACAAAUAAUUUUAAUUUAUCUGCGGAAGAGAUCUCACGAUUCAAAUUUACAGAUAAUAAAUAAAUAUCGCGUUGUUAUAUUAUUAAUAACGAGCUGUAUUACUGAGAUUGGAGAGAUACAUAAUUGGUUAAUUUUCUCAUAUCUCAAAUAAUUCUCGAAAUUAUUUACGUAAGGAUAUUUCAGGAAAAAUAUGCUUACAUUUAAAAGAAGAAAACAAUGCAAACAUUUGCUAUAAGCAUCGAUAUAAGUGUUAGAUUAAGUUAUUUGCUAUACAUUUCUAAAUAAAGUAUAUGAUACUUGCA